AGGGGGCGGUACAGCUCAUGGGGAGGGGGUACCUGUCGAACCACAGAAUAAGAAUAUCUCGACUCCUGAGCGUCCGCCGAAGAAGGAACACGCUCUUGAAAGUUUGGCUCUCCAUCAUGGCUCCUAAAACAGGUCGUCGAGGGACCAAACGCAAGGCCGAUGCGGUUCAGGAGGAGGAGAAAGUUGCGGUGGAGCUGAAGGAAUCAAAGGAGGAGGUGAAGGAUAACGACUCGGGGGGUCGUAGAGUCAUCAUUGAGCACUGCAAGAGUUGACGAGUGUACGGGCGUCACGCCGAGGGGGUGAAGCAGGCCCUCCUGACGGUCCGCCCUGAACUCACCGUGGUCCUGAACCCGGAGAAACCUCGCAGGAAAAGCUUUGAGAUCACGCUGGUUGAGGGAGAGAGAGAGAGCAUCCUCUGGACGGGGAUCAAGAAGGGCCCUCCAGCAAGGCUGAAGUUCCCCGAGCCGGCUGUGGUGGUGGCGGCCCUGGAAGAGGCCCUAGAAGAGGCCCCGGAAGAGGCCCCAGUAGAGGCCGUGAAGACAGAGUAGAGCCCCCCCCUAGUGGAGCCAAAUAUUCCGGCUGUGUUGUUUUUGGAAGCCAAAUGAAGAGGAUGGACCAACGGGCGACGCCCAGUCCCUCCUCUGAUGAGAGUGCCCCGAGGAUUACCAUGCAUGGAUAUAUGGUGACCUCUAGUGGUGUAUCUCUGUUACAACAUCUCCUUGUAUGAUCCUGCUGUUUUCCCUGCAUAAUGUUUUCGUGUUUUUUUUUCAAUGUUUUUAUGAUUGUCAUUGAUAAAUAAAGUUGUUUUUCUACA